GGGCCUUGCAAACUUCUUCGAGCUGGUAGUCACUGGCAUGCGGCCGAUAGGGUAGAGAGGACUUAAAGAAGACAAUGUUGUAGGCGAGCCCAUCCAUUAGGUCGAUUGAAUAAGGUAGUCGAAUAAAGUGUUCGUGAAGACGGGUCGACGCGACGCGCCUGUGGCUGAAGCGCGUUGCGGAGGUCCAAUUCUUCUUCGGUCACUCGAUCAAAGCAUCAGAAAGAUUCACCAGACGAACUAAUGAGCGUGAUCCACAAAAUAGCUGAGCUGAAAGCACUUUCGUCUUCUUUCGGAACCAUGCGAUGAUUAAACUACAAGAACAACCGUAGUAUAGAGAACUACAUGCGUUGGCUAGUGAGGAUUACAGUGAAGAGGGCAGGAGCCAUUAAACUCAGGAUAUCCAGUAGUCCGUUUGAUUCGCUACGAGACAAAACCUCUAACCUGACUCCAUAUAUCUUCGAAGAACGUUGCCGCUUCAUCGACUGGGGUCAUUUCGUCAACGACAGGACUCUGCAGAUAUACGAAACCGCGACCUUACCAAUUGAUCCGGACUUGCACACUACCAUUUCGUAUGUAUGGAGCGACAGGUAAUUCAUACGAAGCGUAAUUAACAUCCCAUGCAUCAUCCACGAUCAUGCUGCGUCUCCCAGAAGUUCCUAGGAGCGCUGGACUGUCCAACGCCUUGCGCGGAAGGCGAACACAUUUGACAGUUCGGUGCUCAUAUGCACUGGUCGAAUUGCCCCAACGUGAAAAGCGCAUGUCUUCGUUUGCUGGUAGACUUCCUCGCGGUUCCAUCUCGUCCCUCUUAACCCGCAACCUCGAUCUGCGUUGGCCGGCGACUACUCGCAUUGGUUCGAACUUCAUCGAUACUUAAAAUGGAUCCCAUUGGAAUGACGGUCAAUGUUAUUUCACUCAUUCAAGCAUGCGUUGUCAUAGCAAAUUAUGUCUCAGAGGUCAAGGAUGCAGAAGCCGACUGCAAUAAAAUCACAUCUGAACUCAAGAGUACUGUGGAGAUAUUGAAGGAGUUGGACGCCCUCAUUUGCAGGCUCAAGAAGGACAAUUCGAAUAACAGACAAGCUUAUUCGAGUGCGCUGGCCCCGCUGUGCAGGGAUGGUGUUGUCGAAGCAUGCCAAGCGGAUUUGAACGAAUUCGUUGACUGGCUUAAUAAACAAACAAAGAAGACGAAGGGAAUUUCAGGCAAACUACUCUGGCCAUUGAAAGGAAAGCAGAAGGUAGAAGGAUUGCUGCCAAAGCUGCAAAGCCAGAAAAUGCUUUUCGUCCUCGCAUUGCAGAUCGAGUCAAGACAUUCUCUCGCAGAUUCGCGCGAUGCAUUCGAAGAAUUUGUGACUAGACAGAAGGUUCGAGAUCAAGAAUCGCAUUGGCUAGAAGUUAUGAAAUGGCUGAAACCGGUCGACUAUGACUCGAAACAUAAGACAGUCUGGGCUCGUCGUGAAACGGGCACUUGCAGUUGGCUGUUGGAUCACCUCCAGUUCAUGAAUUGGCGACAAUCAAUGUCAAGCACCAUGCUGCAUCUGCAUGGGAUACCUGGGAGUGGGAAGAGCACUCUUGUAUCGACCGUGAUUAAUCAACUCCUGCAACCGGACCAAUUAUUUGGCCCUUGUGCGCUUGCCUAUCACUAUUGCGACUUUCGGAACGAGGACUCACGAAACCCUGCUGUCGUGCUUCGAACACUUCUCGUCCAGUUCACCAAGUUUGAUCCUUCCACCGACACUCUCGACAACCUGGCCAGACACCGAAACGAGAAAUUACACACUCCGACCUUUCUCGACGAUAUCUACUCUCUACUCGUCCCUGCUAUACGAACCGCACGGUAUACACCUGUGGUGGUGGUAGAUGCAUUGGAUGAGUGUGUGGACGUCCAAGCCCUCAUUCAAGUCUUGAAAUGCCUACAGAAUGAUGUGGCGGGUAUCCGUAUCCUCGUCUCAAGCCGAUCGGAAGAGUCUAUCAUCACUCCACUGAAGGGUCACCUGUUCAUCGAUAUAACACAGGAGGCGCGCUCGGUCAACAGUGAUAUUGCCUUGUAUAUUGACAAAACUUUCGAAACAACAUCAAGGGCCGGUGGGAUUCCCCCAGAUCUCAUUCCAGAUGUCAAGCAGACCCUCCUGACCCGGGCGAGUGGCAUGUUCCGUUUGGUCGACUCCCAAAUUGCUCUGUUGAAACUGAGCCGCUCACGUGUUGACGUGAAAAAAGCUCUGCAAAGCUUACCGCAAGAUCUGUAUGAGGUUUACGAUCGAAUACUACUCGCUAUCGAAGACCAGGGAGGAAGUGACCAACACAUCGUUUACCGUACUCUUCGUUGGCUUUUUGGCGCAGCGGACUCGAUUACUUUGUCAGAACUCAACGAAGCGAUGAUGAUCAAACUAGAUCCGCCGUCAUUAGACAGAGACCUUGAGAUUUUGAGCCCUUCAGGCGUCGUUGAAGCAUGUGGAAGUCUGGUACAAUACAACGAGGUUGGUCGUACUGUUACGAUAUCUCAUUAUACUGUCAAGGAGUACUUCACAUCCAAACGCCAACGCUCGCAACAUCAAGAACCUCGAUUGUUACUGGAUUAUGACUGGUCAGGCAGCGAGAUAGCAUUCGAUCUGGCAUGCCAGUCGGUGGCCUAUCUCUCAGUCGUCACCCUCCCGUCCUCAAUGGUCACAGCCCUUGAAGAUGCCUUCAACUCCUCACACGAUUACAUUUUGCAGCGCUCUUCCCUGCUCGCAGCUGCUCUAGCUGAUAUAGAAGUUUAUCUUCGGACAAAUCAUCCCCUCUUUUUCCAUGCGGCUAGGCAUUGGCAACGAUACCUUUUCAACGAAAGCAAUAGGACACCCGACGACGUAUUAGAAAGAGCUCAGGCCUUGUUGCUCAAUAGGGAACGCCUCACAAUAUUGCUGGUAGCAUGCGAUAAGUUCUCCACAAUCGUAUCGCGGGCAGGGCGUUCAGAUAAGUAUGAAGAAAUCCCACUUUCUUCUCUCAUUUAUCUGGCUAUCGAGAAUUCUCCUCCGUCCUUCCUGGAACGUAUGUUACGCACAGACCAGGAUUCAAUUAACAGUACCCUUCAUCCGUGGACCCGUCUCUAUGUGGCCGUAAAAUACCGCAAUGCUUAUGCUGUGCAACGCGAAGUGCAGGCUGGGGUCAACGCUGCAGAGGAAUCUGCAGCGUUAUUGGAAGCUCUGAAGCCUGGUCCCGAUUUCACCAAACUCCAAUACCUUCUUCGUGUUCCUAUGGAUCCAAGCUCGUUGUAUAUCACUCGUCCCAAUUCCGAGCGGCAUUCAAUCCUGCAUCUGGCCGUUCAACGGAAUUUGCACAACUUCCUCUUCUACCCAUUGAUUAAAGCUGCAGGGAACAUCAAUCUGCGAUCAGAUGAUGGUGCAACGGCUCUGAUAACAUGGGGUCGAGAUAACCGGGACCCUGCGUGCUUGCACAUGGCUUCAACACUUGUCGAGGAAGGAUGCGAUUCAACCUUGCGGGACAACAACGGCCAAACCGUCUUCUGGCAUGUUCUCAAUGCUACAGAUGACUUCAUCUCUUCUCAUCCCGGCAUCAUCGAGAACCAGAUUCUUAUACUCCUACAGGCAGGCUGUGAUCCUCGUGUUCCCAUCUCACUCGAUCCAGAGAUGACUGCGCUGGAGAAAGCGCGUAGCCUCGGACUUGUCGAUGUCGUUUCCCAUCUCGAAAGGGCACUUUCUACUAUUAUUCUGCAGGAACAGGCAGUUCCUGCAACCCUUUCGUCCGGGCAGGAGUCAGCCGACAUCGCUCAAAACAUGUCUGGGAGUCAAAUCGGAGCAGACAGCAUUGUAAAAUAUUCAGCGCUCGAUGGACAAGGUCAUCUGCAUGAGCUUGAAGAUAAACCAGUUUCUGCCGGACAUCAGCAGGAGGGUUCCCCCCAAACUAAAGCCGACCUUCCUCCUUCAUAUAUUCCCACUGGCAGUAACGGCGCCCACAUUGCGCAAAGUGUGAAGUGGGCGAAAAUGGUGGGAGUCGCAGCUCUGGGUCUCUACGUCACGCUGAAACUCAUAAGCCUCAUGAGCAAUUCAGGAAAGAGCUCAUUGCGAGCCCUGAAAUGAUUGUUCCACGCUGCGAAAAUUUGCUGGGCUGUUGUCUAUUUAUUUUCGUUCUUUCCGCAUAUCACUCCCGUGUGGAUGUAUGCUUACGAAUGGCGGAUAGUCCAAGGAUGAAUUUAGUGAAUUUUGAUGUCCGGCGCUUCCGGCGCCUAAGUUUCCGGGUUUGGCUAUGCAGCCUCCCUUAGUUUCUGAAGUGUCUCUGUCUAUUUUUACAUCCAAAGACACACUUUUCUGAGACCCUC